AUGUCACCGCCUGAACAAAAAGAAACCACCGUCUUGGAUAAUACCGUCGAAGAGCAAAUUGAUAUCAAACAAUUGGCACUUCAGGGCUACUACUUUGAAUUUCCUGAAAAGAAGUAUCCCAAGCUUCCCGUCUUCGAGCACAAGGAUGUUGGUCACCUUGCAGAUCCCAAAAAGGCCUCUUUGCUCGAUAAUGCCACCAAGGUGUUUGAUUUGACUCCCAACAUUGGAACUGAAAUUCAUGGUAUUCAGCUGAAUCAAUUGACUAAUCAGCAAAAGAACGAUCUUGGCCUGCUCAUUGCUGAACGCGGUGUUGUAUUCUUCAGAGAUCAAAAGAUUAACCCCUAUGAAGGCAAAGAGCUAGGCUCUUACUAUGGUCCAUUACACAUCCAUAAUGUUGGCGGCUUAUUUGAACCGAUCCCUGAAGUGCUGCCCAUUUACUAUGGUAAAGACAUUCCAGCAAACCAAUACACCAAAGAAUUCAUUAGCAGAAGAACCUCGGAUGGCUGGCACAGUGAUGUUAGUUACGAGCUUCAACCUCCUGGAUUUACGUUCCUCAAGAUUGACAUUCUUCCUGGAGAAAGCGGAGGUGAUACUAUCUGGUCUUCGGGCUAUGCUGCUUAUGAUCGUCUCUCACCAGAGCUUCAAAAGAGAAUUGAAGGACUUGAAGCUGUUCAUUCUGGUAAAGAACAAGCUGCAGGUGCUGCUUCUGUUGGCCACACCGUACGCCGUGAAGAUGUCGAGCAUAUUCACCCUCUUGUUCGCACCCAUCCAGUUACAAAACUCAAGGCUUUGUAUGUCCAACCUGGCUUCACUCGCCGUAUUGUUGGUCUCAACAAGCACGAGUCAGAUUCCCUCUUGCAACUGCUGUAUGAUCAUAUUGCUGGCGGGUAUGACUUCCAUGUUCGAUUCAAAUGGACUGAAGAUGCUGUUGCUGUUUGGGACAACCGCGUUACAAGCCAUGUCGCUAUUUUUGACUAUCUGGAUGGCGAUCAACGUCGACAUGGUUGGAGAAUUACUACACAGGCUGAAAGACCUUAUUUCGAUCCAGAAAGCAAAUCUCAAAAGCAAGUUCGUGAGGAGAAGAGAAAACAAGCAGCAGAGCAGAAAAACUAG